AUGGAGGGCCGAGGCACCUCAUUCAGCCCCGACGACUCUUUGUCUUCCAACGGCCAAUAUGGCGAGGAAUGGGCUCGCGAUCUCCGCCUCAAGUUUGAAGGUCUUCUCCGGGACAAGCGCAUGAACGACCUGCGUUCUUGCACCAGAAACCACUCUCCCAGCCACCAUUCUUCCGAUUUGGCAGCGCAGUCAUCAAGCGCUGAUCCAGCUGCGCGAGCGUCCUCCACAGAAGACAGAGCAGGGAAAAUCCAUGGCAGGGAAAACUCACAGACCCCCCCGUCUUACUCGUGCCUCCGACAUCUUCCCAAAAUACCGACUGCGCCAGCUGCUGGUGACCGCGAUUCUCAGAAAUUCCGAAAUCUCAUGAUCAGCUUAUCACUUACACCGACCAAAUACGAAAACCCAGGGCUGUUAGAUGAGGCUCUUCAGACCAUUCCGCUCGAUCGCAUUUACGGCGAGGCCGAAGAGGAAUGUCAGGUUCUGCAGGCUGAAGCCGAGAGCAUGGGUGACGGCCGUCGGCCGGAAUGGGGAUAUCAAGAUUGCGUCAUCCGAGCACUUUUACGAUGGUUCAGGCGCUCCUUUUUCACGUGGGUCAACAACCCUCCUUGCCCCGUUUGCUUAUCGCCGACCAUCGCCCAAGGCAUGACUGCUCCGACACCUGAGGAAAGCGCAUGUGGCGCUCUGCGGGUGGAGCUGUAUCGAUGCUCCGCACAAAACUGUGGCGCGUACGAGAGAUUCCCUCGUUACGGUGACGUCUGGCGCCUUCUUCAGACUCGUCGCGGGCGUGUCGGUGAGUGGGCAAACUGCUUCAGCAUGCUUUGCCGUGCGGUCGGUGGCCGGGUUAGAUGGGUCUGGAACGCCGAAGACCAUGUUUGGACCGAGGUCUAUUCGGAACACCAGCAGCGAUGGGUCCAUGUUGAUGCCUGCGAGGAAGCGUGGGACAGCCCUCGCUUAUACGCCGAGGGCUGGGGCAAGAAGAUGUCUUAUUGCGUCGCAUUCUCAAUCGAUGGCGCCACCGAUGUGACCCGACGAUAUGUGCGCAAGAGCGAGUCGGCCGCGGAGCGCAACCGAUGUCCCGAAGAAGUCAUGCUCUACAUCAUGCAAGAGAUCAAGAACAUUCGACGCAGCAAUAUGAGCAAGGACGAGCGCUUCCGCCUCGAAAAGGAGGAUCGACAAGAAGACGAUGAGCUUCGAAGAUAUGUCGUGGCCUCGAUUGCCCAGGCUGUCACCAACCUCGUGCCUGGAGCGCCGACCUCGUCCUCCGGCACCAGUCGCACUGCUCCCACCCACGGGCAAGACGUCAAGGUUCCUCCUGAACAACUCGCACAACAACAGGCGGGCUCUCCUGCCUGGUUGAUGGCUCAGCAACAGUCACGAGACCAACAAUUUGAGCCCCCGCACGAUCCCCGCCAGCGUUGA